AUGAACCCAUCUAGGCAGAACACGGUCCUUUCCGUCGGUUCAGAUUCGUCGUCUGUGUAUAGCGACGAUGAGCACAAGUCGGACUUUAAUCUGGCGGACGUGUGGACCCCCAAUGAGUCGGAUUCGAAAAUUAACAUUCAGUGUACUCGCCAUGAGAACAUCGCCACUCUGAACUCAGACAACGAACCGAGCCCUAGCCGAAAUAAAAUUAGCAGUCAUACCGCUGCGUACCGCUUUGAGACGCUGAAAGAAGCUGAAGAGCGCCGUCGCCGAGUCGCAGCUCAGGCAAAGCCAGAGCAGCCCAACUGGCGUGACACCACUUUGGGCGAGCCUAGGAGAUAUAUGCAGCAGGUUCUCGCGGAACAUGGUGCUGCUACUGCAAAAGAGCACACCAGUGGAUAUCGGUCGGAAGACAAGGCUGAUGAAGAAUCUAUCGCUCGACAUACGAUGCCUUCUGGUCGACGCCUCCGCGUGGUUAGUACUGAUGACAUCCCACCACAACAUACACGCAUCGCGCCCAUAUCGAAGACACCAUUAUCAUCAUCUGAUUCCGGUGGAAUGAUAGGGGAAUCGGAUCGCGACAUUGAGCCUGAAGAAUGCAUCCUGCAAGGAGACGCGCACGGCUCAGAAGCUACCCGUGGUAUUUCUACACCGGUGACGCCUAGGCCACGUGCGAAGUCGCUUCUGAACACUCCAUCGGAGCUGCGCUUGGAAGAAUAUAACCCAUGCGCACCAAAUUAUGGAAAACAACGAUCCGCCGCACUCUCGGCUCUAGCUGGGGUUCACAUGGAGCCUGGUGAGGCUUUCUCUCGCGAAUCAUCUGGCCAUUGGCUCGGAGGACCAGCUCGCAGAUCCGUGUUCGCUGCGCGGCGUCGCGGACGAGCGGAUUGGCAGAAGAGCGGGUUGUUCUCAUUGACAGGCCAGCAAUAUGGACUGGGCGAUCGUGAAGAAGGAUACUUCUCCGGCAAAUAUGUGACAUCCAUCAGCCACAUGCGUGUCAAGGGUCAUUGUUCGAUGUUGGAUGCAUGUCGACUGAAUGAGACCUUCUUUCGUUACAUUGACGUCACGAUCUUCACGGUUUUGUCUUGGCGCGGUGUUUCACCUAAGUUCCGUCAGCCAUCACCCACAUCGCAAAACCAAAAGGGAGCAGCAUCACCCAAAAUGACGACGUAUUAUCAUUAUGACUCGAAAGGUACCGUCACUGCAUCAAAGCUGCAUCCCAAGGCUGCGAUCUUUACGCCUGGUCACCCGGAUGCGGAAGCAUACGAGCGGAAAGGAGACGUCGUUGGAGCCUAUCUUGCACAUCGUGACAUAGGCUACCCCGCACAUGGUACCUCAGAAGCACAGCAUAGUUAUAGUCCUACUCAUUCCCCGCUAGCAAAACCUUUCAACGGCAGCAUAGAUGGCCAAAUGGCUAACCAAAGCUACCGGCCGGGCGAUGGAGAUGAACUGUCAGGGUAUGAUACCUCUCCAGUCGAGGCGUUCAGUACACUCGGCUGGGUAGGUUGGGCGACGUAUUCAGGUAUGGAGCGCCUGUAUCCGGAUCCUGAGGAUAUACGCCACCUACACACCCUGCAGAGUUUGCUGCCUCAUCUUCAGCCUGAGCGAAAAAUGAACGCGCUCAACGGACCGGUAUUGGACAUCGUAGAACAGGAUACGGGAGUCACGCUCGCUUAUCAGGUCCCAAAGAAGAUGCUUGUGCUGUUCCUGGGUCGUAAGGUGGUCAACAAGUUCAUCCGCACAACGCACCGCGAGGACGAUGUGAAUUGGAAGGGCGCACCAGUCUGUCAAGAGAUGAAUCUACCUCGCGGAGUAGCUAGCAAGGCUGCUAUGAAAGCUCUCGUAGCUUGGAUGCUGCGGGCAUGCAACUACCAGACCAUGAGCUUGAUGAAGCAGAUUCGCGUCCCAAAGAACACGUUUGUCGCCUGCUCAUUGGCUCGCACGAUGGAGCUCUUCGAUCUCCACAAAGAUGCAUUAAGGGUAGAUCAUUACAUCGCCGAGUGCCAUCUUGCUCGACCAAUCUUUGCUGUAGAGUUGGAGACGCUCUGGAACUGCCUCGGCAAAAAUAGCCGGUACACCUACGCAGCGAUCAAGGUUGUGGGGCAGCGGCUACGCGAAUCGGAGGCAGAUAGCAAGGAUCGAGAGGCACCGGGGAUUGAUGAAGAUAUGCUGGCUAAGCUGAACGAGUAUCCGGAGCUGGAAGCACGCGUGCGCAAUCCGGAGGUGAAUGAACAACACCGACCAGUCUUUAACACGAACUGGAUCAAACGAAUGAGCGAUAAGAAUGACCAUAGCCAGGAGGGAAGUGGAAAGCAGUUGAAGAAGACAUCCUUUAAGCCAGCUGCAAGGCGCUUCCAGGAACACCAGCCAACAGCAGAACCGACUGUGGGGCCACAGCUACCGGCUAGUCCAGAAAGCAUGGUACGCAAGUUCGCAGUCUUGCGAAUCGUGGCGGAAGAUACGAAAGCAGAGAGCGGCGACACGCAAAGCAGCCUCGAUCCAGAUGAAAGUGUCGAGAAGCCCUAA